CAUGCGCUUUGGAUUUUCUAAAAUGGCGGAUUGGGCCUGGUCAGAGCGCACUUAAUGUUUUGUUAGUAAUUUUAAAGGAAUACAUUAUUAUAUUCUAUAUUAAAGCACUUGUACUAUGUUAAAAUUAAUAUAAGAUUCCAUUAAGACGUUAUACGGCUGUUUUGUUUAGUGAAAAUGAGUGAUUUCAGCAUUUUCUUCGAGACGGUAGAUGCUGUCGUGACCAGUCUGUAAUAUUUUUGUGUGAUUCCUACGAAACUGCAAUAGAUACUGGAUUUUGAAUCGCAACUCGACUCUUCGAAACGAUGUCGAUACCGAGCGGACAAUGAAAGCAGGAUCGAAUUGAGGCUAACAUGGACAAAAACAAAAAACAUGCCGUGCACGGGAAACACAAGAAAAAUGGCAAAACAGAAAACUACGAUGAAGUUAUCACGACCUGUUGCCUCUGCGUUAAAACAAAGAAGAGCAAAAAGAAGAGCCUGAUCGCCGGCUGUGUAACCAACGCGGGAAUUUUCAUAAUUCUCAUAAUUUACACGUCCGUCGGGGCGUUUAUAUUCCUGGCUAUAGAGGGAAGCGCGGCUAAGGUGCACCAGAAAACGUUAGCGACGACAUCAUAUCAAGCUAAUCUUAGCAAGAAGCCCAUAACGCCGAAAGCUAACAGCACCAUCGCGCAGGCCACUGCGGAAUUGAGGUCGCAAACCGUCGAGAGCAUAUGGGAAAUAACGGUCUCGUUAAACAUUCUUUACAAAGAGAAUUGGACGAGGCUCGCCGCGCACGAAAUAUCAAAAUUUCAGGAGAAACUGGUGGCGAGAGUCACGGCCGAUCUGUCCGAACAGCACGGUGACGUCAGAGCGCUGGAGUCGUCCUCGGGCUUACAGGACGAAUAUGAGUGGAAUUUCGCAAAAGCUUUUCUGUACUCGCUCACAGUUUUGACGACUAUAGGUUACGGCAGCGUGGCACCGAAGACGGCACUAGGGAAGGCGGUCACAAUUGGUUACGCAGUGAUCGGUAUACCCCUGACCCUGCUCUACUUGUCUGUCGUCGGAGCCCUGCUGUCGAGGCUCGCUCGCGGCGCCUUCAGCAGAGCGGUCUGCUGCUGUCUCUGCGUCAAAUGCGGGUACUGCUGCUUAGACGAGUCGAUCAUAUUGAAGGAUAGGAAGGAGGAGAAAAAUAGACGACCCGACGAGUACAAGUCCCACGCUCUACAUCUCCAGGAGCCGUACUACGUCCGGUCCCCGUCUGGCACGAUAAUAUCCGCGUCGCAAGCGAAUAGCUACACCAACUCCUACAAAGAUAAAACUCAGGGACUCAACUUUCUACGUGACUGCGAUUCGAUGAGUUGCGCGGACACAGAUUCCAAAGUUUCUCUAAGUGGAUUUUCAAUUCUAGCACCCAUCUGCUUGUGUCUGGCCUCGAUUUUCACGUACAUAUUUUUCGGUGCGCUCGUAUUGUAUCACUUGGAAGGUUGGAGUCUGAUCGACGGAAUUUACUUUUGCUUCAUGAGUUUGAGCACCAUAGGUUUCGGGCACCUGGCCCCCGGCCUGACUUACAAGAACGCCGCCUCGACCGGAACGGUUUGGUUUUGCUCGAUUUACAUCAUAACCGGGCUAGCGCUCACGGCGAUGUGCUUCAACGUCCUCCACGACGAGAUCGUUCACCGGCUGAAGCACCACGAAAAGAUUUUAAAAGGGAACACUCAAAAGGUAUUAACGGCUGAAUUUCUUCAAAGAUCUUGACGAGAUGAAAGUAGAGAUUUAACCGAGGAGACGAUUAUAAAUUCUGAAGGGGAGACCCUGCCCGAUGUUUUCCAUCACGUGCCGAAUUGCCGACAAGAGGGAGGCGCGGUGCGCCGAUGUGUGUUUACCCCGGCCAAAGAUAGGGAGCCCGACAGAGUUUAAGGUCUUUGACGGCUUUCCUUUUGAAGCAUCUUUUUAUUCUACCGCACUAAAUAGAAUUAAAUACGUUUGUAUUUAGUAAAUUAAAGAUGACUGAUCGAAUAGUAUGCAUAACGUUAUGUUCUAAUUGGGUACUCGAUCGUGUGCCAAGUCGUAGUAUUUUUUAUAAUUUGUAUGAAUCUUACUAGAUAAAAAAUAGGAAAUGGAAUUACACGAAAUAAUGGAAUUGUUAUGGAAUUUACGUAUGACAGUGGAUUAAAGUAGGUAGGCAAAGUGAGACAGAUGAAAAUCGUAAAGGUAUUUGCAAAUAAAGGAAUUAGAAAUACAUAUUAUGUACAUAAUUUAAUAGUAAUGGCAUGACAUGUUUGUAUAUUGAAACUAAACGGAAAGAAACUAAGUAGUUACAAAAUGUAGUGUGGCACAAGACUAUAAAUAAAAUGUCUUACUUAGUUAUAAGAAUUGUUAUUAGACAAUUGA